AUGUGCAGUUGUUGCAAGAAAUUUUCUAUCACGAUUUACGAUCACAUCUUGCACAUUGAUCCUGGAAUAGUGCUAGAACUUGCUUCAGAACGAGUUUUACAGCAAUACUUUCAAGUGGCUGUUAUUACAAUAUUAGUUUAUGAUGCUAUUAUAACAAUGGAUAAUGAACUAAGCCAUUUGAAGAUCCGAUACACUGGGAUAAUAGGAGCUAUCUCUCGUUCUAUUUGGGGUAUAAAUGGAGUGAAUCUAGCUAUAUCUUCAGGCAAUUUUUCCUUGUGGACACAGGACAUUGCUAAUUGGAUUACUGGGAACAUACUCGAUUAUAUUCUGAUGAUUUGUGUUGUUGCACUUUAUGCUCAAGCGUGUUUAAGAAUGGCCUUCGUUGUAUAUAUUCAAGUCGUCCAGAAAAUUGAUAUUGGUGCUCUUGUUGAAGGUGUCAUAACCUGUGGAGAAGACGUUCUCCUACCCUGGCAGUUUGGAGUAGUUGAUUGGUAUGCUAUUCAGUGUUGCAAAGAACGUUAUCUAAAUUAUCAAUAG